CGCUUUUUUUUUUUUCUAGACGAAACAGCGGCGAUUCGAUUCAUUAACCCUUUCAACACAUUAUAAACAUGGGCAAGGAAAAGAAGGAAAAGAAGGUCAAGCAAUCUGCAGGAUCCGAUAACGAGGAAGAGACCAGAGUUUUGGACAUUGCUCCUAUUGCCCAUCCUCUUGCCGAAAAGAAACUCAACAAGAAGCUUUUGAAGACUGUCAAGAAAGCUUCCAAGGCUAAGAAGGUCAGACGUGGUGUGAAGGACGUUGUCAAGGGUGUUCGCAAGGGUGAGAAGGGUUUCGUUAUCAUUGCUGGUGACAUCUCACCAAUCGACGUUAUCACCCAUCUCCCCGUUUUGUGCGAGGAUCAACAAGUUCCAUACGUUUUCAUUCCUUCCAAGGAGGAUCUUGGUACUGCUGCUUCUACCAAGCGACCUACUUCCUGCAUCAUGGUUGUCGCUGGCAAGAAGAAUGACAAGGAUUUUGAAGAUUAUAAGGAACUCUACGAGGAGUGCUUCAAGGAAGCUCAGCAAUUGGAUGAGAAGCUCGUUUAUUAAUCUGCUGUAGUUUUCUUGCUGUAAUCUAAGCUUUCUCCCUUCAGAUAUCUUUUUAAAACUGUACAUUUGUCCCCUUUUACAUUCUCUUCACAUUUGCACGCUUUUUGGAAUAUGAUUCACGCAAUAGAUAACAAAAUGCCAUGUUCACAUUCAAAUUUCAAAUAAUUACUGUGGUUGACAGUUGAUUUAUCUAUUGAUUGCAAGUGUUCUGUGCUGUCUAGCUUUAUACAUCAGUUCAUCGAUUUGGCUCGUUUCUUAUGACUGAACACCUUGUUGUGCACAAUGAUGGGUGCAUUUUCGGAAGUGGCUCGCAUCCUUAGAAGUGCUAAUGGUUGUAACGGACAGAUCAAUAUGAUAUAAAGCGAAUUUAGUACCGCCACAU